CCAUCUUUUCGCAUCAGCUCCGCCACUCCCCCCAAUCCAUCUUCACCUUCCCCCUCCACACCAUCCAAAGCCUCAUAACCAUGGCGGCGGAACAACGGAAGCUGCUCGAGCAGCUGAUGGGAGCGGACCAGCUCAUCGGCCUCGGCGCGAAUUCCCGCAACGCUCAGCUCUCCAUCACAGACUCCAAAGUCUGUCGCUCAUAUCUGGUCGGCACGUGUCCGCAUGACCUCUUCACCAACACCAAGCAAGAUCUCGGCCCGUGUCCCAAGGUACAUAGCGAGGGCUUGAAAACGGAGUAUGAGACUGCGUCGGCGGCUGAGAAGGCGAAAUGGGGGUUCGACUAUGACUAUAUGCGCGAUAUGCAGAAGUACAUUGACGAUUGUGAUCGGCGCAUUGAGUCCGCGCAGCGUCGGUUGGAGAAGACGCCGGAUGAGAUCCGGCAGACGAAUAAUUUGCUCAAACAAAUCGCCGACCUCGCCAACACAAUCAACAGCGGACUCCUGGAGAUCUCCGUCCUCGGCGAAACCGGCUCCGUCGCACAGGCCCUCAACGAGCUGCACAAAGUGCGCACCGCGAAGCAGCAGAAGGAGUCCUGCGAGCGCGAGCUCAAAAACCUCCAAGAUACCUCCGGCCCGUCCGGCCACCAGAAGCUGCAAGUCUGCGACGUCUGCGGCGCGUACCUGAGCCGUCUCGAUAACGAUCGCCGUCUCGCGGACCACUUCUUCGGCAAGAUGCACAUGGGAUACUCCGAUAUGCGCAAGGGGUUCAAGAAGCUCAGCGAGGAGCUCAAGGGUCGGCCGCCGCCGGUGCGCCACCACGAUGAUGAUGACGGCCCUGGUGGUGGUGGUGGUGGUGGAUGGGGCGGCGGUGGGCGCUCUGGCGGUGGACGCGGCCCGCGGUAUGGUGGAGGUGGUGGUGGGUUUAAGAAGCGUGGUGGGCGGUGGUGAUUCGUUACUGGUUUUGGUAGGACCUGGGGUUCUUGCUUUUUCCUUUCUAUUUUCUGUUCUAUUAUUUUUGGUUUGCAUAGCGCAGGCGUUUCUUUUCACUAUGCCCUUCCCCCAAAAUAGUCUGUCAAGUGUGGUUGGCGGCACGAGUGUCGAGCCUUACGACCUCUACAAUGUGAUUGAUAUAUUAUACUAUAC